UCCUGCUAGGCCCUGGCUUCUUUCAACUUGAAGCUUCACAGAAUAUCUGCAGAAACAUUCAUACUUCUCAACAAACUUGUUCAGAUCAACCUUACGAACCAGUUACCAUUUCCAGCCCCUCAUGAAUUGGAUGAAUGAUCCAAAUGCUCCUAUGAUUUACAAGGGAAUUUACCAUUUGUUCUACCAAUACAAUCCACAAGCAGCAGUGUGGGACCCCAGCAUUGUGUGGGCACAUUCUACAUCAACGGAUCUGAUUAAUUGGAUUCCCCAUGAUCCGGCCAUGUACCCAUCACAGCCGUCGGAUAUCAACGGCUGCUGGUCAGGUUCUGCCACAAUUUUACCUGGAGGUGAACCAGCCAUUUUAUACACUGGCAUUGCCUCAAAAAACACUCAAGUUCAGAACCUGGUUUUGCCCAAAAAUUCUUCUGACCCUUACCUUUUAGAGUGGGUUAAGUCUGCAGAAAAUCCACUGAUGGAACCCCCUGAAAAUGUUGAUCCAAGCUCCUUUAGAGACCCUUCCACAGCUUGGCUAGGCCCCAAUGGCACGUGGAGAGUGGUCAUAGGAAGCGAAAUUCAGGACAAGGGAUUAGUAUUUCUUUACAGAAGCAAAGAUUUUGUGAAUUGGACUAGAGCUGAACAACCAUUACAUUCUGUUGAGGGUACUGGAAUUUGGGAGUGCCCGGAUUUUUUCCCAGUUUCUACCGAUAGUCUAAUAGGCAUUGAUACAUCGAAAACUGGACCCAACAUUAAACAUGUGAUUAAGGCUAGUUUAUUUGAUACAAAAUUUGAUUGUUACAUAAUUGGUACAUAUGAUGUUACCACUGAUAAGUUUAUCCCAGAAGCAGGUUCAAUAGAUAAAGUUUCAGGAUUAAGAUAUGAUUAUGGUAAAUUUUAUGCUUCAAAGUCUUUCUUUGAUAGUGCUAAGAACAGGAGGAUUUUGUGGGCAUGGAUUAAUGAAUCAUCUAGUGAGGCUGAUGAUAUCAAGAAGGGUUGGUCUGGAUUACAGGCGAUUCCUCGGAGUCUUUGGCUAGACAAAUCUGGGAAACAGUUGGUGCAAUGGCCUAUUGCUGAAAUUGAAAUGCUACGUGGACACCAGGUUGAAUGGUCGAGCAAAUUUUAAGAGGAAGGAUCAGUGCUUGAAGUCACUGGUAUCACAGCUGCACAGGCAGAUGUUGAGAUAUCAUUCGAGAUAACAGAGUUUGAAAAGGCAGAAGUUCUGGACUCAAGCUGGACAAAUCCACAGUUGCUCUGUAGCCAAUUGGGUGCAUCAGUUAAAGGAGCUAUAGGUCCAUUUGGGUUGCUAGUUUUGGCUUCAAAGGACUUACAAGAAUAUACAGCAGUGUUCUUCAGAAUAUUCAAAGACCAGAACAAAUAUGCAGUGCUCAUGUGCAGUGACCAAAGCAGGUCUUCCUUACAUACCGGUAAUGACAAGGCCACUUAUGGAGCUUUUCUGGAUGUGGAUCCAGUUCAUGAAAAGCUGUCAUUAAGGAGCCUGAUUGAUCACUCUAUAGUGGAGAGCUUCGGCGCAGGUGGCAAAGCUUGCAUCACAGCUAGAGUCUAUCCAACUUUGGCAAUUGAUGAAGAAGCCCACUUGUAUGCUUUCAAUUAUGGAACUGAGAAGGUAAAGAUCACAAGCCUGAGUGCCUGGAGCAUGAAACAAGCUCGAAUCAAUGAAAUAAUACAGCAAGAGGAUUAGCAUACCCUGAUGGAUUCCUAAAGAAAGAGAUGUUUAGUACUGAAAGUAUCAAUUGUAUUUCAUAGUGGGAAGGCCUAAAAAUCAUAUUACAACGUAUAAUGAUUUUAUGUCAUUCAACCCCUUGCUUCAGAAUACAUUGUACCUUGAAUAAGUACUGCAAAAGAAUGCAUAUUUUACUUCUCAUA